AUGACUCCCCCCCCCCCCACCUGUGGACCGUGCCGCGGCUCGGGCCUUCGGGGGGCGACACAAGGAGCUCCCCGAACUGUUGUGCGUCGGGAUUUAAGGAACCCGACCAAGCUGGUCCCCGCCACUGAGCUGGGGACCUUCCACGCUCGCCCGGCAUCCAAGGGCACCCCCUCUGCCCUCGCGGGAAGCGGCAAUGAUGCCGCCGACCGGGAACCAGGCAGAGGGGAAAGAUGCGCACAACCUGGCCCAUCUAAAAGACGCGCACCGCCGUCGCCGACCUCGCCCGCUAGAGGCGACAAACGGAGGGACGUAGAGGAGUCCCCCCCCCGCGACCUUGACCUAGUGAAGGUGCCGCCGACGCCGAGAAUCCGGCUUGUGGACAAGGGCUACCAACCCCUACCGUCCCAGUCGGGUACCGUGCGGCGAAAGCCUUCACCCCCUCCGCGCUCACCCUCCCCCCCGCCGGAUAGCGGGAGCGAGGAGGAAGGGGAAGACAGGCGUUUUUACGGCGACGUACAUGCGUCGCCUGCGACCGCGCCGGAGCCUUCGCCAGCACCCGCGCGUGUGCCCUCGCCGCUACCUCGCUCCUAUACGCUAGAUAGGGGCGAGUUGACGCCACGGCAUGCGGCACUCGAAUCGGUGCCACAAUCGCCCGAGCCGAUGCUCCCCCCCCUCCCCACCCCCCGACGACGAACCCCGCCGUCCUUGCGGGAGUGGCGCCCCGCCACCCCAACCCCCGCCACCACGGCUCCAGCCCCGCAAAUGCCCUCACAGGGUAAGAUCGCCGACACGGGCGUAGAACCCGCCACAGGGCGAGGCAAAUACCCCCCAAUAGUGGUAGAACGCCUCCCUAACUGGACGCGCCACUUCGACCAGCUCAGGCGCGUACUGGGGGAGGCACCCAACGCAAGACCCUAA